AACACGCCAUGUCACUGUUCCUCUGGAGCUCUAUAUAUCUUGGGUUUGUCUGUGUCUCCAUAUCAUAUCACCUUCUCACAGAUCUCUAACAACUUUGCUUCAACUAUGGAAUUUCGUUGGCUUCCUUUGCUUUUUUCUCUCAACCUGAUACUGAUGGCAGCUCAAGCUGCCAUACCUCCACAAGUUUACUGGGAAAGGAAGCUUCCAAAUACCCCUAUGCCCAAAACAAUCAUAGACCUUCUAAACCUUGAAAAAAUUCAAUCACAAGAUGAAAUCCCUUUGUAUGGAGUUAAAAAGAUUCGAUCUCAAGAUGAAUUCCCUUUAUAUGGUGCUAAAAAGAUUCGAUCGCAAGAUGAAUUCCCUUUUUAUGGUGCUGAAAAGAUUCAAUCACAAGAUCAAUUCUUUUUCUAUGGUGCUAAAAGGAUUCGAUCACAAGAUGAAUUACCUUUCUAUGGUGCUAAAAAGAUUCAAUCACAAGAUGAAUUUCCAUUGUAUGGUGCUAAAAAGAUUCGAUCACAAGAUGAAUUCCCUUUGUAUGGUGCUGAAAAGAUUCAAUCACAAGAUGAAUUCCCUUUGUAUGGAGUUGAAAAGAUUCGAUCACAAGAUGAAUUCCCUUUGUAUAGUGCUGAAAAGAUUCAAUCACAAGAUCAAUUCCCUUUGUAUGGUGCUGAAAAGAUUCGAUCACAAGAUGAAUUCCCUUUGUAUAGUGCUGAAAAGAUUCGAUCACAAGAUGAAUUCUCUUUGUAUGGUGCUGAAAAGAUUCGAUCACAAGAUGAAUUUCCUUUGUAUGGUGCUAAAAAGAUUCGAUCACAAGAUGAAUUCCCUUUGUAUAGUGCUGAAAAGAUUCGUUCACAAGAUGAAUUCCCGUUGUAUGGUGCUGAAAAGAUUCAAUCACAAGAUGAAUUCCCUUUAUAUGCUCUUCUUCCAAAGGUAAACCUUGUUGCUAAUCAUCAUCACCAUGACAACCUAAAACCUGAUCUAGUUUUCUUUGAGGAAGGAUUGAAGCCUGGCAUGAAAUUAGAUGGACACUUCUAUAAAAGAACUUAUACAACUCCAUUGUUGGCUCGCCAAAUUGCAGAACGUAUACCAUUCUCUCCAGAAAAGACAAAAGAAAUAUCGAAGAUUCUUUUUGUGAAGCCAAAGCCUAAGAAUGUUGAGAUUGUGAAGAAAGCAACUAGUCGGUGUCAAGCACCUGCAAUGAUUGGAGAAGAAAAACAUUGUGCAACUUCAUUAGAAUCCAUGGUGGAUUUCGUCACUUCUAAGCUUGGGAAGAACAUCCAUGUUGUUUCUACAGAGGUGGAAAAGGAAACAAUGUCCACAAAAUUCUUAGUGAAAAAUGGAGUGAAGAAGUUAGCAGAAGAUAAGAUCAUUGUUUGUCAUCCUAUGAAUUACCCUUAUGUUGUCUUUUUUUGUCACGAGGUACUAAAUACUACUGCACAUUUUAUGCCUUUGGAAGGAGAAGAUGGUACUAGAGUUAAAGCUGUAGCUGUGUGCCACAAAGACACAUCAGAAUGGAAUCCAAAGCAUAUUUUUUUCCAGAUGCUUAAAAUCAAGCCUGGAACUACUCCAGUGUGUCACAUGUUCCCUGAGGGCCACCUUCUUUGGUUUGCCAAAUAGAUUACUUAAAUCAAUCAUGCUAGUAUCCUUAAAUAAGUAGGCAUAUCCAUAGAUGUACUAUAUUAGCCUACAAUGUAUUUCUCUUUGCUUGAAACUAUGAUAUGCCAUAAUGGCAUUGUCAAGUGUGGAAAUCAUGAUGAUAAUUUGAUGUAUUGUGUGUUAGUGUUAAGUCAAAAAAUGAUAUUGUGUUAAGUUAAAAGA